AUGCCUAGCUUGUUGGAAGAAAAAGACGACUCGGCCGAGUUUGCCCGCCACAUGCAGUUGCUCAAUCUCAUCACCGUACCGCAUCUCGAGAUUGCAAACACGCCCAUCUUCAACGCCACUGUCCGGCGUCAGGCCAGCCAGCUCUCCGGAUCGCCCAACGCCACGCCCUUUACACAGUACGGCCUGCUGGGCGGCAUCUCGCAGAGCGAGCCCGCGUCAGACCCGCGUCUCUUUUACAAUGUCGCCACCCCUUCCAGCGUCUUCAUCUGCGGCAGCCAGGGCUCGGGCAAAAGCCACUCUCUGAGCUGCCUGCUGGAAAACUGCCUGCUGCCGUCGGACGCGAACAAGCUGCCGCGUCCCCUCACCGGCGUCGUGUUUCACUACGACACCUUCAAUUCGGACACGGGCGGCACCCCUGCCGAGGCGGCCUACCUGUCCUCGAACCCAAACGUCCAAGUGCGCGUCCUCUGUGCGCCUACCAAUCGUGCCCAUAUCAAGCUCCCCAAUGUCACCGUGUCAGACUUUAAAAUCCACGAGAGCCAGCUCAACACGAAGCGCAUGCUGGAUCUCAUGGCCAUGGGCUCGGUCGCCGGCGACGCCUGGCCGCUCUACAUGUACACGGUGACGCGGAUCCUGCGCGAGAUGCGCCUCGAGCAACAGGCCCUCAACGAGGACGGCUUCAACUACGGCGAGUUCAAGAGGCGCCUCACCGACGAGAGCUUGACGGGCCCGCAGCUGGGCCCGCUGCAGCAGCGUCUCGACGCCCUCGAGAGCUUCAUGGUGGCCGGCCACGCCACCCAGACCCGCCUGCGAUCGGGCCAGGGCAAACACGCGCGAACCAACACGUUUGUCAAGGGGGCCAAGACGGCUGACAAUACGUGGACUCCCACGGCUGGUCGGCUGACGAUUGUCGACCUGUCGUGCCCUUGCAUCACAGACGUUACCGCCUGCUCGCUCUUCACCAUCUGCCUCUCCUUGUUUCUGGAGCAAGAGUCCGACGUCGGCCGCGUGGUGGCGCUCGAUGAAGCGCACAAGUACAUGACGGGCUCCCUCGAGUGCGAGACUCUCACCGAGAGGCUGCUCUCGGCCAUUCGGCUGCAGCGCCAUCUCGCCGCGCGCGUCUUCAUCUCGACGCAGGAGCCCACCAUCUCCCCCAAACUCCUUGACCUGUGCUCCGUCACCAUUGUGCACCGAUUCACGUCGCCCGACUGGCUCAACGCGCUCAAGUCCCAUCUCGCUGGUGCCUCGUCGCUCGGCGCUGCCGACAGCCAUGACGAUGACGAGGCCGCCCCCGGGACGCCGCCCCUCCUGCGCAGCGGACGCUCCGCCAACCUGCUGGCCGACAUUUUCCAGCAGAUUGUGUCGCUGCGGACCGGCGAGGCGCUGCUGUUUGCGCCCAACGCCGCCGUGGGCGUCUCCAUGGAGCGUGUAGAGCCGGCCGGCGACGACGCGGGGAGCUCGUCGUCGGACGCCUCGUCCAGCGCCUACGACUCGGACAGUACCGCGGAAAGUUGGCGGUUGUCUAAGGACACGCAGCCGCUUGGCCCGUACAGGCCGAACGGUGCGGCGCUGGCGCGAAACGCGGACGUGGACGCGACCGCGGCGGCGGACUGGCGUCCCACCGACGUCGUCCGGCUGGGGAGCGGUGUGCUGAAGAUUUGUAUCCGCCAGCGGGUCACGCAGGACGGUGGUCGGUCCAUCAUGUCCGGGUAG